GGGCUAUCCCGCCCGCUCCGGUCGCCCGUGGAGACGGGCCGAGGGCGGCGGACGGCGCGGCGGGCGGAUCAUUACACCGAUAAAAUCACAGCCAGCCGGACAGGGACAAGACUGCUUAUGUAGACUAAAGAAUCUGCUGAAGGUCACACCACCUGAGGCCAAGCUGGAUCUCGUGACUCCCAGGCUGGGGCUUUAAUCACAGACAGUUCCUGCUUUACAUGCUAACUUCACCGUUCCACUGAAAAUGUCUGGCAAAACAGCAAGCACCACCAACAACAUAGCCCAGGCCCGGAGGACUGUCCAGCAGUUAAGAACAGAAGCCUCAAUAGAAAGAAUAAAGGUGUCAAAAGCAUCAGCAGACCUAAUGCUCUACUGUGAAGAGCACGCCAAGAAAGAUCCCUUGCUGAUGGGCAUACCUGCCUCAGAGAACCCUUUCAAGGACAGGAGGACCUGCAUUUUGUUGUAGAGGAGCAGCAGCUCCUCCCCAGCCCUUUGGAGGCUGUUUGUGUAGCAGAUCCUCUGCAAGGUACCAGCUCUUCAUGCUGCAAGAGCAGCCAUUCUUUUACCCAGCCUAGAAACCAUUUCUUAAGCUUUCUGAAGCGUUUCUUCUGUUCCCUGCCUUUACUAGGAAGCAGGUUUCCAACUGAACUCACUCCUUUCUCAUCCCAGGGGAUGGAUGGGGUUUGUAGUGGUGGGCUCGGGCUCUGGCCCUCCUCAGGAGAGGGUCCCAGUUCCACUGCUCGAGUUCCACCAACAAGACCAAAGUUGCCCAAGCUCUGCUGACCGAGCAGAGGCCAAGGUGUAGAAAUCUGCUUGAAUAUCAUGUACUCCUUUUUUUUUUAAUUCUGUAUGUGGGGAGGGGGGUUGUACCAGUGUUGGGAGCCUGUGCUUGUGCACACGGGAGUUUCAAAGUGCAUUAUUUAGCAAAAGCUGCCUUGAGAAAUGAUUGUAGCAACUGCUGGGGAGCUCCAGGGAAUCAUGUCUGCAGCCACCCUUACCUUGCUCCUCUUGGCCGGGGUUUUUUAAGUGUGAAAAAACCUAAAGCAUCAAGAAUCAGAGACCUGGGCAGAUUUGUUUUCCUGCUUCUUAAGAAGGGUCGAGAAGGCAGAAUUUUCACCUUUGAUUCUGCUUCACUGAAUUUUCUUAUCUAAUUAACAAUACCUGCUAAAACCAAAACAAACCCUAUCAAGAGCAUCAAAGGCUGUGAGCUCCUACAGCCCUGGGUGCUGAGCUGCAGGCCUGGCCCCCUCACUCCAAGUCCCAGCUGCAUUUUCUGCAGGGAGUCAGAGUUUGGCUCUUUUUUAAAAAUAAAUAAAUAAAUAAUAAUUUUUAAAGGGGAAAAAUGCCAAAUCCUAUCCAGAUUGUAGUUACACAGAUACCAUCAAAGGGCCUUUUCAUCAAGGAAGUGGUUUUAUAUAUAUACAUAAUAAAAAAAGCCUUUCUCUC